ACACUUAUUUUUUCAAUUCUCAGGAAAGCUAGAGUUAAAGUCAGGAGUUGGCAUAAUACUCUGUGAUGUCAAUGAUCCAUCCUCCCUUGCUGAUAUGGCUAAACAGGCAGCUGUUGUUCUCAACUGUGUAGGCCCAUACAGGUUUUUUGGAGAACCCGUGGUGAAAGCUUGUGUUGAGAAUGGCACAAGUUGCAUUGACAUCAGUGGAGAACCUCAGUUUCUGGAAGGAAUGUAUCUGAAAUAUAAUGAUAAAGCUGCAGAAAAGGGAAUAUAUAUAAUUGGAAGCAGUGGCUUUGACUCUAUUCCAGCAGAUAUGGGAGUCUUAUACACCAGAGACAAUUUGAAAGGGACCCUAACUGCAGUUGAAAGUUUCCUGACGGUCAAAUCUGGACCUGAGGGUUACAGUAUCCAUGAUGGAACAUGGAAGUCAGCUGUUCAUGGCCUUGCGGAUCAAGACAAUUUGAGGAAGCUUCGAAAGCAGAUAGGAUACAAACCUCUUCCAGUCAUUGGUGCAAAACUAAAAAGAAGAGGUCUAGUGUUUUAUAGUAAGGAAUUCAAAGAGUACUCCAUUCCAUUCAUGGGAUCAGAUGUUUCUGUUGUAAAACGAACUCAGCGAUAUUUGCACACAAAUUUGCAAGAAAUACCUGUGCAGUACACAGCUUAUGCAACAGUGGGUGGUCUUGCAUCUGUUAUUAAGCUGAUGUUUGCUGGCCUUUUAUUUUUUCUUCUUGUGAAGUUCAGCUUUGGAAGAAAUCUCUUGACAAAAUACCCAGAAUUUUUCUCUAGUGGAUAUUUUUCAAAGAAAGGACCAACACAAAAACAAAUAGAUGGAUCAUCCUUUACAAUGACAUUUUUUGGUGAGGGAUACGCCAAAGGUGAAGAUCCACAACAGGGGAAACCAAAUGUAAAAAUCUGCACCCAAGUGAAAGGACAAGAUGCAGGUUAUAUGGCUACAGCAGUAGCAAUGGUUCAGGCAGGUGUGGCACUUCUAAAGGAUGCAAGUGCUCUUCCUAAACAAGGCGGUGUAUAUACUCCCGGAGCUGCUUUCUCUAAAACAAAAUUGAUUGAUCGUCUGAACAAACACGGAAUUGAGUUCUCUGUUAUUAGCAAGCCAGAAGCUUGAAGUUUCAAAAUAAUUCUAAGGAAAAAUAUAAUUGCAUGAACUAACAUCAUUGGAAACAGAUGCUUAAGAUACCAAGAGCUUUGAGUGUAAAAUCUAAUAAAAAUAUUUACAAAUCAAAUGUACUGUUGCUUACAAUAAUGUCAAAAGGAUUGAAGUAUUUCAUCUAGUCAUUAGUGAACCACGUAAUGCAAAAGAUUAACAACACUUCUAACCUCUGACAUGUUAAAGGAAAUUGCUGCUUCACUACUUAAAGCCAAAAUUAUAAUCAUGGUCUGAAAGAGGUUAACAAGAUGUGUGUGUUAGAUAUGAUCAUUUUUUGAAUUGUAAUAGGUCAUAGAAUGCCAGAAUGAUAGAUUAGGGGCAGUAGUUAGAGAGCUUUUCAGAUUGAUAACUAGAACCUGCUAUUUUAUGAAGUAACUCCAUUUACCACUGAAGGGUCUGGAUAAUAAGUGCCUUAGCUAAUCAAGCCAUUACUUAUUACUAUUAGGGGAAGGGACCACGUAUUAGUGCUGUGAUCAUUUUUGUAUGAUAUGGUACCUAAUAAAACAAGACUAAACUUCAGUUGCUUAGUAAUUUGCUGUUAUGGGCUUUACAGCAGGAAAAUCAAGUUAUUGCUAGGAGUUCCAUUGAAAAACAAGAAUACAUUUAGAGCAGUUAAGGUAAAGACAUUUGUUGGAGGUCAAACAAGGUUAACAAAUGAACAUACAUGUUAUGUGAGCGCAGAAGCUAUCUUCUAGAUAGGUAGCUCCAAGCUGUAAGUCUUAUUCAUGUGAUUCCAGAGAUGGGGAGGGAAACAUGCUUGUAAUUUGAAUUGCAAAGAUUUAGUAUGAAACAUGCAAGCAGCUUUGAUCUGACUGUGUAUGGUACAUUAGGGAUGUAAAUGACUAGUUGACUAUCCAAUAAGCAGAAGCUUAACAGAUAGUCAAUUAGUGAUGUAACUAGUGACUUCCUGCCUAUCAGGGAGAGGCAGCAAACAGAGGGGAGGUAGAGGCACAGUGGGAAAUGGUGCAAGCAGGGACUGAAGCAGUUUCUGCUCUUGCCAAUUCCCCUUUUGAAAUGUACAAAAUGGGACUGCGCUGCCUGUGGGGCUUCAACUUUUGAACCAUCUCUGUUACAGUUCAAUGGUGGAGGUGCCCUUACAGACUUUUCCAUUGACUAGUGGAUUAAUUAAUCCAUCUAAAUUUAACAUCCCUAUGCUACAGUUCCCUCAAAACUACAUGGGUUUGGCAGGGAGAGGUAGGUGCCUGUCCUUAUCAGCCCCAACCCAGAGCUGCUCUGGACAUGCCACAGCAAAGAGGAGAGGCAUUCCUAGAGGCACAGACCAACCUGGAGCUGCCAUGGCCUUAGAGAGGCACUUGGCCCAGAGCAAGCACAGGAGGCAGUUCUCUCUCCCGCCCCCUCAGGGCAGCCUACACUACAAAUCCCUCAUCCCAGGCCACACCCCAACUCUCCAGCUCCAACCCUGAGCCCUCCCCACCCACCAUCCAAAUGAGGAUGGAAUGUUAUAUGCAGCAAUAUGGGCAUCAUGUAAUGCACAUUACUGCCAUCGUAGUGCAUAUAAAUCAUUAUGGACAUAAAUUCAAGCGAAUUGUGCCUACACCAUUUAAAGUUACCAGAUAUAUUCUAAAAUUGAGGUCUCUGCAUUAGCUGGAUCAUUAACAAGAAAACUGUGCUGCUCCGUCUUCCACAAAGACCACAUUAUGCUUGAAAGUACUGAUUUAAACUAAGAUUGUUUAUGCUUUAGGGCUUGUGAAGGUUGUGAUUUGGCUCUCCCACCUGCCAUUGGCACAUUGCAAAAGUUAACUGUCAUGUAACAGUCACUUUUGCUUAAAAAUUGCUUAUGCUAUGCUUUCUCUCUUCUUUUUAACUAUAAGCGCAACAUCAUUUUUCAGCCUAGAUAUGCUAGAUUCAAGCUGCUCUCCAAAAUCCUUCAACAUAUGUGAUUGUCUCUCUGUAAAAAGACGUAGCAUCUGUGGGUUAUCUUCCUCCUGCAAAAGACCAAUAAAAUUAAUGAGUAUAUUAUUGGA